CUGUAAAAAAACGUGUGAAGGAUAUAUUUGACCAAUGUUAUAAUGGAGAUUGGGUCACAUUUAAAAAGAUCCCACAAAACGUUAGAAUGCGUUUGUUUGAUCGCUUUCGGACCAAGUAUAAAUGGAAUCCCCGAGCUGAGCAGGCCAUAUAUGACACAUUUAUCGACCUGAUCAAAGACCGCUUUAGAGAUAACAUGAAAACUUUGAGAGAAUUAUCUAAACAGAUGGCUAAGGAGGCACAUCGUGAACUACCAGAUGAAGGAUACGAUAUUGGUAUCCUACGUGAAUUUCCACCUAAAGGGAUUCCCCUUGAGAAAUGGCACAGAAUGUGUGCGCAUUGGAACACCGAAAAAUGGCAAAAAAAGUCAAUAGCCGGGAGAGCAAACCGCAAAAAUGACUUGUGCCGUCAUACAGGCGGGUCAAUACGAUUUGAUCAACAUCGUAUCAACUUGGACAAAGAAGAGGGUAAAACAGUUGGAUACAAGAAAGUAUUGUUACAGACCCACGCCACUAAGAGGUGCAAAAAAAUGUUACAAGAUGGGGUGAUAAGUGAAAAUGAUUUUGCGUCGUUGGAGUUUGUUACCGACCGUGCAAAGCGUUCAUAUGUCGCAUACUCGCAACAACUUAAAGAUUUGUAUGGGGACGUGGAUUGCGAUGAUUUAGACUUGUGGAAAAGUUUGCAUCCUAAGUGUAAGGGUCGCAAGAUGUUCGGGAUAGGAUCUUCUGAUCCUGAUUUUCUGGUGACCGGAAAAAAAUCAUCUACAAUUUGCGGUUCUAACGAUGAUGCCCGACACUCGCAAGAGCUUCAAAAAGUUCAGGCGGAGCUAGAAAGAGAACGUGAGGCUCGACAAAACAUAGAAGCCCGUUUCGAACUAUUUCAACAAGAGCUUGAAAAAGAGCGGGCCGACCAAGACGAAUGGCGAAAAAAUAUGGAAGAAUUGGUGAAAAACAUCGGAAAGAAGUAAACAAAGCUCUCGUUUUGUUAAGUAUUAGAAUAUUGGAUUAGUUUUGAAUCAAAAAACUUGCUCUUAAUUAGGAUUUUUUUGUGUGUUUUGGAACUUUUGGAAUGUUUUAGACUCUUGCUUGUUGCAAAUGUUUUGGAAUGUUCUAUAAUUUUCUUGCAAUUUUUUUGGAAUAUUUUAUAUUUUGCUGCAUUUUUUUAUACAAAAAAUGGUUUUUUUAAAA